UUAUUACAUGGUGAAAUUGCUCUGGCAUCGAAAUUAUACAAAAUUACGAGCUAUUGUGAAAUACUAAUAAUUUCAUUAACAUAAUGCGGAAAUGUAGGGAAGUACUGUUUAUGUAAGUACUCGACCAUUAUUAGAAUGAUUCUCAAAAUGUCAGAUACUUUAAUUAAUCACAAAGGAAAUCAUUUAAUUGACUGUAGGUAACCAUUAAUAUUUUCUCAAGGGAGUCGUUAUUGAAUAAAAACUCCCUUGCUUUUCAAUUUUAGAGUUACGUACUUCAAAAAGAAAAACGAAACACUCGGAAAUGAAUCAAAACUCGGUACAUUAUUUAAAAUGAUCCCAUGUACAGAACCCUGUUUGGGCGACUAGCACUUUCCAGUUUUUUGAUUUCCAAAUCUGUUGUCAGUGAGGUCUCCAAAUUAUUUUCACUUCGAAAAUUGAAUUGUACCAAGCCGACAUGGCAAAAAAUAUUGAAGAGCUCUCCGAAGAUUUGUUUACAGAUGACUUUGUUCGAAUAUUUCAACCAAUAUUGUUUGUGUUGCGGGCCCUUGGUCUAGCCCGUGUUAGUAUCAAAUACAGGUAUCCUACAGGCACAUCGAAGUGGUACCUUUUGUAUAGCAACGUUUUCUGGCUACUAAAUGCAUUGUCCGCCGUAUAUUUCUUCUUUCACUGCGGUGAGAGUUUUGACUCUAAAUAUGCAGACUCUACAUUAAAAUUUGGUGUUCUAAACAGCGGCAUUAACGGCAUACUUGUAGUGUUCCGAAAUAAUCUUGAACGGAACAACAAAUUCGGUGCAAUGUAUGUAAAGUUACAGAAGAUCGAAAGGUAUCUAAAUAUGGAAGAUACUAAAAGUAUAAACAAGCAACUAAGAAGCCAAUCUACUAUCGUUAUGGUGGUCGCUUUUUUCCUAACUAUAUUUUGGAUUGUGUUGUUCAAAUAUUUAUUUAUGAAGAGCAUGUGCAUACCGUUAAUCGUGAAUGUUGUAACUAGUAUAGGGUUGCAAACUGAGAUGGCACAGAUAUAUUUCAUCAUCAAAUUCAUUAUAACGAGAGUAAAUUACAUAAACGACAUAUUGAGGCAAGUGACGCUACUCUCAAUAGAACCGUUGACUAAACCAAUGAAUGAUGGAAUCUUGUUCGUUGUGUCGAACACACUAGAACAUCAGGAAGGUGAAGUUCCAGGCGAAUUGGUUUCCGGCAUGCAUUGCAUUUUUGAAGCAUUGUCAGAUUUUACAGGACUUUUUCAAUUUUCGCUAUUCUAUUUCGUCUGCCAAAUCUUAGCGUGGAACUUGGUAACCAUACAAUACUUAGUGACAUCGAUGAAAGAACAGGGAGCAGCGGACACCGAUUUGUUAUUGUGCGUGAUGCCAAUCUUAGUGGCUUUUCAGUUUAUAAUUUUGACGUUGUGCCUCAAAGCUCAAGACUUAUCGACGAAAUUAGAGGAAGCAAGGAAACUUUGUAUCGACAUCAUUUCAUCACCUCUAAUUAACGGCAAAUCCAGAGAACAUGCUAAGCAACUCAUAUUGUUGGUGGAAGGAAGAAGCAGCGUGUCCAUUUACAACAUUUGUACUUUCGGCACCCGCCUGCCCCUACAUCUACUUGCAAUCACUGCUAGUUAUACUGUCGUUCUAUUGCAACUUGCUCUGCUUUAAAUACAAAAAUAACGCACACGCAUAUUAAAAACAUAAUUUAAAAUAAGUUAAGUGUUAUGUUAAAUCUGCAGUCAUGAAAAAUCAGAAAGAAAAUAUUAAAAUUGAAUAUCUUUCAAAAGAUAUUCUUGACGAAGAAUUUAUGAAAUCCUUCAACCUUCUGUACUAUACGCAGAGAUUGAUAGGAUCGACCCGCGUUCAAAUUAAACAUCGAUUUGUGACAAUGCCAUCGUUUUUACAAAAAUGCCAUACUUUAAUAAGUGUGAUCUUACUGUUAGGAUUAGACUAUCUUGUUAUACAGAAAUAUGAUAAAAUCCUGUUUGAUCGCGAAACUAUCUACUAUUGGAGCAUAUGCGUAACGGGAUUACAGACCAUAACAUUCUUAUGCAAUAUAAUUAAUGUGCGUUUUAUGAACGAAGAUGCUAAUGUUGAAUUGUUAGUCAAUCUGCAGCAAAUAGAUAGGCGUAUGAAUAUAAAUCGUAACAAAAGUAUCACAACUCUAUUAGUAAAGACAAAUGUUAUAUCUCUCGUUGUGGUUCUGAUAAUGUUCAUUACCCUUCUUGGCGUGGCUAGUGCAAAAGGAACUGCCGCAUUUUGGCCUUAUAUAGGAAUUGCUUAUUCCCAAUUCAGUUUCGUCAUAGAACUGAUUAGCUGCUCAAAUAUGUUUAUGUACUUCUAUAUACGUGCACGUUUCAUAAAUUCGAUUAUUAAAAAUUAUAUCGACCAAAAGGGGACGCAAGAGAUUUUGUAUUCAAAAGAGCGUUUUUUAUCUUCAUAUUUUACUUCGAAAGUAUUCAUGAGACGCUUGGCUGCUGGCUCUCAUAAUUUCGUAUCAAGCGAUACAGAUGUAUAUUUGAAACAAUUACUAGAGGGUUUUUUCAAGUUUCAAGAUAUUUACAAAUUUCAAGUCUUUAUGUUUUGCUGUAAGCUGGUCGCUUCAGCUCUUUUAACAUUCGAAUUCCUAUUGUAUGCUGUACAAAACGAUACAGUUGGUCUCUGGGACAGCCUGACGCCGUCGUUUUUCACAGUGAUUGACUUAGUAAUGGCGAUUUUGCUUGGCGUCCGAUGUGAAGUGUUCAUAAGAGAGGUGAAGGAAACUAAGCGGCUGGUGAUUACCGUCAUGUCGAGACACUAUGAUGGACGAUUAAGAGAGAAAUCCAAGAGAAUGUUGAAACUAGUAGAAGAAACUCCACCUCACUUCUCUGUUUACGACAUGUGGCAAUUGGACGCGAACGUUUUGUUGCAGAUGUUCAUGCUAGUGACCGGUCUUAUUGUCACGCAAAUGCAGUUCGCGUUUUUGUAAAAUAAUAUCUGCUGCCAGCAGUUUCGUCCAUUUCCUGAGGGAACUACUUCCCGUACUCAGAUAAAAAGUAGUCUAUAUUCUGAUGUCUACGUUAGUGUGCAGAUUAAGAUACAAAAAGAAGUCUAGAAAAUAAAAAACUUCACAUUAA